AUGAUUUCGAGAAAGAUAUUGCGUGGUCUUCGAGUAGCUAGCCUCCGACCCAGUCUCAACAAUUUAGCUAGCAGAGUUAAUUCAGAUCUUGGCAGUACUCUUGCCAGUGGAGGUCAUAAAAAUGGAACUUUAAGUGAAGGAAGAAGAGGUGUUCAUGGUCAGGCUACUGAAUACCUACCGAACAACUACCCCGACUUUACCGAGUCUCAGAGCAUGGUCAGAGGUGCGAUUGCCGAUGUAUGUUCGGGAUUCGAUGAUGGAUACUGGUCACAGAUCGAGUCUGAGCACCGAUUUCCUUCAGAAUUUUAUAAUGCCGUAGCGAAAGACGGAUGGUUGGGUAUCUGUUUGCCAGAAAAGUAUGGCGGAUCUGACUUGGGAGUUUCCGAGGCAGCUGUCAUGACCCAGACGAUUUCAGAGAGUGGAGGUGGUAUGGCAGGAGCCAGUUCGGUUCAUAUCAAUAUUUUUGGUUUAGAACCAGUACGAAAGUUUGGUACUGAGGAACAGAAGCAACGGAUGCUUGUUCCAUUGAUAAAUGGUAAAGAAAGAGCUUGUUUUGGUGUAACCGAGCCUAAUACUGGUUUAGACACCUUGAAACUGCAGAGUCGAGCUGUUAAAGACGGCGACCAUUUUGUUCUUUCAGGAAGCAAGAUUUGGAUUAGUACAGCUCAAGUGGCAGAGAAAAUCCUCAUUCUCGUGCGAACCACGCCUCUUGAAGAAGUGUCAAAACCAAGUCAAGGCUUGAGUUUGUUUUAUACCGAUCUUGACCGGUCUCAAGUCGAUAUCACCGAGAUCCCCAAGAUGGGACGAGCUGCCAUUGAUUCGAAUCAGCUGUUCUUCGAUGGCUGGAGAGUUCCUAAAGAGGAUCUCAUUGGCGAGGUCGACAAUGGAUUCAAAAUGAUCAUGCAUGGAAUGAAUGCUGAACGAAUUCUCAUUGGUGCCGAGGCUCUUGGAUUAGGAUAUGCUGCUCUCCGUAAAGCAUCCAUCUACGCCCAAGAACGAUCUGUUUUCGGCCGGCCCAUUGGACAAAACCAAGCCAUCCAGCACCCUCUAGCCGAGAGUUGGAUGCAGCUCGAAGCGGCCAGACUCAUGAUAUAUCAGGCCGCUAAACUCUAUGAUGCCGGCCAUGCCACCGGCGAAUAUGCCAACGCUGCCAAAUACCUGGCAGCAGAAGCAGCCUUCCACGCCUGUGAACGAGCCAUCAUGGUCCACGGCGGCAUGGGCUACGCCAAAGAGUACCACGUCGAAAGAUACCUCCGCGAAGUCUUCAUCCCGCGAAUCGCCCCCGUCUCCCGCGAAAUGAUCUUCAACUACAUCGGCGAGCGAGUCCUCGGCCUGCCUAAAAGUAAAUAA